CUGGAAUGAAUGCGGUUACGGGCGGCGUCGACGCGGGGUGGCUUAUGACAGUGGAGGCAAAUAGUCAUAUGCUUUGAAUAUCAACUAGAAUCGAAUUGCGCUAGGCCUCUUCUUGUAUGUGCCUCGAGCGCGAUCGCGCGCAUUCGCUUAGAUCGGCCGCGACUACUAGGGACCAGAAAUAUGUAGUCACAUGGACGGUAUCAAAACCGCGUCAGUCUCUAUCGAGCUGUGGAACGGAAUACGUUCCCUAGGUCGGGGGUGUGUGAAAAAUCGCGUCUGCGAGUGUGUGCUGUUCUAAGUUCUCGGGAAAAUCAGUCAACCCUCGGAAGGAUUUUCGCCGAGUCACGUCGCUGAAGCUGAAGAAAAACAAGCUUGUGGGUGCAUUGAAAGUGAAACACUGAUAUGUAGGUGUGAUGUGACAAUAUAAGAAAAGUUUCUAAGAAGAAUGAAACAAAAAUUUCAUGCAUUACCGCAUCUGUGAUAAUCAGCUGUGCUGAGCUAGUUCUGACUACGAGCGCCUCAUCCUGUGAAAUAAGUAUCAAGUGUUGCCCACUUAUAGAUGAAGUCAUUUGAAAAUGUAUGUUGAUCUAGUGAUUGGUGUUCUGGGCCUGGCAGCAGUCUGUUCGGCAACGUUUAGCGACAAGCGCCAACAGUGUGAUACUUUGUUAAAAUCAUGUGCUCUGGAAGAACAUGGAACGAUCAAAAGUAGGGAACGGAGUCGAAACCCUCUCAACAUGUCAGUGCUGGAGUGGAGCACACCGCUACUGGUGAGGAACACAACAGUGAAAAGUGAAAACUCGAGCGAAUUCGAUGAAUACCUACAACACAAAAUAAAGACAGAGUUUGUAACGGCGACGAACCUGAUCGAUGAGGACAAAAUAGAAAUUAGUGCUGAGGAAGCAGCAUUCGUCUCCACGCUAAGUCAAAAGUUUUUCUCAAUCCACUCACCAUUCAACCCGGCCUACAGUGAACACGUGUCCCAAGAAUGCAAACGUGCCUCCAAAGCGUACCUGCACUCCCUUGGCGCGCUAGAGAUGUGGGCCCUCAGAAUGCACGACGCCAGCGGGAAGCUCACCUCCGGAGUACUCAACGGAAACAUUAACCAGUUUGGUGAUUACGAUCAGUGUCUCAGCGUCCGCAGCAGGAGCAGCAGCGGAACCGACGAUGACGCACUCCAGGGUCGCUACUGCCUGGCCGGGAUACAACCGUCUGUCAUGCCCGGUUCGAUGCUUCUGCAGCAUGUGUUCAACUUGGCGCAAUCGCACGGGAUGCUCAAAAGUCAGCUGGAUGAUCCAGGUCACCGAGUACCCCGCUUCUCCACCAUAAACUGGGCACUGUGUGUUCCCUCCGCAUGUUCUCCGAAGGACAUCCAUCUAUCACUGGCAGCGUUUCUUAAGGACUACACCAAAGGCACAGGCCUGCAGCUGGAGGUGAACGUCGAACCCGAGCUUUGCGGAGUGAAGAACGACGUUUGGGACCGCUAUUACACACCAUCUACACCGAAGGUUUGGAUCGGAUUCAUUGCAUACCUCGCGGUUGUACUGGUAUCUACACUCUACGAGUGGAAAUCGGAAACAAAAAAUCAAUGGUUGACAUCAUUUUCGCUGAUACGAAACACUCGCACAAUAUUCUGCGUCAGGGAAGAUCCCAACGAUGUUGCUUGUAUCCACGGAAUACGAUUCCUCAAUGCACUCCUCCUAAUCAUAGCUCACAAGUCGAUGGCGCUGUUCUUCAAUCCGUACACGAAUCGAACCGAUAUGAGCGAGACCCUAGGUCAACCGUGGACUGUCGUUGGGCGAGCUGCAUCCAUCUUCACCGAUCCGUUCAUCAUGUUCAGUGGGUUUCUCACGACCUACACCCAGGUCGGUCGAUUGCUGCGGGGCCAACGAGUGAAACUCUACCAGGAAUACCUCGGAAGAAUCCUCCGGAUAGCGCCACCACUCGGUGCCCUGAUUCUGUUCUGUACCUUCGUGCUGCCUUUCCUGGGCAGUGGACCACAGUGGAAUCUAGUGGUCACCAAUCAUGGCGACAUUUGCAAGAAAUAUUGGUGGCGUAACAUGCUGUUCAUCCACAAUUAUUUUGGAUUUAAAAAUAUGUGCCUCACACACACACACCACAUCGGAAUCGAUACGGAGCUCUUCCUAGCAUCGCCGCUUUUUAUAUGGCUCAUUUGGAAGUACCCCCGAAGGGGUAGCUGUGCGCUGAUAAUUCUAGCACUGGUAACCACAGUACACAGAUUCUUCGUGACCUACGAGCUGCGACUGGCGAAUUAUGUGUAUUUUGGCACUUCGGUCAAGCAACUGUUCGACACGGCGGACUACAUGUACAUCCUGCCGUACUAUCGACUCACCGUUUAUCUAAUGGGUGUCAUACUGGGCUACGCGUGCCGGACCUACAAAUCUUUACGUCUAACGCCGAACCAACUUCGGCUCGGAUGGUACGUCAGCAGUUUCCUGAUGGUGCUGGCGUUUUUCGGUCCCGCUCCGAUGGGUUCGUUGGGGUACGUGUAUGACCCACUGCAUGCCGCUAACUAUGCUGCCUUCUCACCCAUCGCGUGGUGUAUAUUCUUCGCGUGGGCCGUGUUCACUUCGCAUCUAGGCUAUAGAAAUACACUCACAGACCUGUUCUCCUGGAGAGGAUUUCGGGUGACAACGAAAAUAUCAUACGCGGUCUAUUUGACGCAAUUUCCCAUCUUCUUUUACAACGUUGGAAGAGUCCGGAAUGCGCUACAUUACAACUUCAUCACGUCGGUUCUGCUGGACCUGAAUGAAUACAUCGUAAUAUUCGGGGCAUCAUACCUUCUGACGGUGCUGUUCGAGACACCCUUCGGCAACAUCAAGAAGCUCCUCUUCGACAGCAAAAAACCUAAAAUAUCCCAAAGAUCAUUGCCUUCCAACCAGGAAGACCCAAAAGAUACAUUCGACAUCAACGAGAAUAGCAGUAAAACAAUUGUAUAUCCCUCAAAUGAAACCAAGGAUUUGAAGGACUGAUGAAUUAGAGCUUAGAAGAUUCAUAACAAAUUUGGCUUGUGGAUUUAUGUAAAAAAA